GAUCGCGGUCAUGGGAAAAUGACCGGCGCAUCUUUCUCCAUCCCACAGUUGUCGUGCACCAUUUUCAAGAAUGGAACCGCUGCAUAGAGCUGAGGAUAAUGCACGACCUCUGGAACCACUGAUAUCGAUUCGGAUCAUCACUCUAGAUCACUAUCUGGCGUACCCGAAUCCACUCACAGAUCAUUGCGCAACGCAGUUUUCCGCCCCGGGAGCCAAGGGGUUUAAAGUUCCCAUUAUUCGCAUAUUUGGUGUUACUGAAAAUGGUCAGAAGGCCUGUGUCCAUGUACAUCAGGCCUAUCCAUAUAUCUAUAUUCCCUAUGACGGGCCACUUGACCCGCAAGGAGUACGGCUCUAUAUUCAUAAGCUUGGCACGAGUCUGAAUCAUGCCACUGCCCUCGCUCUUGGCCAAAAUCAGCGAAACACCGGAAAGAGCCUGUACAUUGCAUCCAUUAUACUUGUUAAAGGCAUUCCUUUUUACGGAUUCCAUGCCGAAUACCAAUUCUUUCUCAAAAUCAAUCUCCUCAAUCCUAAUUUGGUCAAUAGGAUAGUCGCGAUAUUGGAAAGUGGAAGUGUUCUAGGAAAGGCCUUUCAACCUUUUGAAGCCCAUAUACCCUACCUUCACCAAUUCUUCAUUGAUUACAAUCUCUACGGCAUGGAUUUUAUGCGAUUGGCUGAUGCAAGAUUUCGGAUGCCUAUACUGGAUAUUUCCCGUGGAGAGCAUCCCCUUAUUCCACUGAGCGGAACCCAAAUUUUUAAGGACGAGCACCUCGACGGUCGAUACAAGUGGCCCUCACGUUACGGGAUAAGGCGGCAGAGCUAUUGCGAAUUGGAACUAGAUACAUGGGUGACGGAUAUCUUGAAUCGCCAUACAAUAGAAGAGCGACCAGCAACUGCACUUGUAGAUAUUGCAAAGGGCCAGUUAAACCUGGAAGACACCAAACUUGUUCCAUCAUUAGCUGCGAUUUGGCAGGAUGAGCGCGACCGGCGGCUGGCCAAGGGUUUAGAGGCGAACUUGUCAAUGAAUGCAACUCCAUUUGGUGAACGACUCCCAUACUCCCCUUGGAGCAAUGAAGAGCGACUGCGUGACCAGAUUCGUCGCGCAUGUGGGGAGCUGGAUGAACAUAGAAAAGCGAAUGGACAAGCACGAUCUGUUCAGCAGUCUGUCUCUGCGCUAAUGGACGACGUGCUCACUGCCUUUCAAUCAGUUCCCGCUGUCCGAGCUGAUAGAGUCCGACCCAUAGAGUCCGGUGAUGAUGCUAGUAGGAAGGAGCAACAGUUACAGUCGUCACCUGUUCAUGCGGGUAACAGCUUAUCAGCGCAAGACUACUCGCAGUUAUUUGAUGACGUGGAGAUCGAAGUAGAUAUCGACAGGAUAACACAAGCGUUUCCCUCCCAACAGUCUCAAGGAGAAAAAGAGGCUGCUGAGAUCCUUGAUUGGAUGGCGAAUGGUCAGGAUGAAGAUGAGAUGAUUGACCAGGCUUGGCCGGAUCAGUUCCAGCGGGAAAACUUUGAGGAUGGUGGAGAGGAUCGAGAUUCCGAACCGCAGGAUUUGCAACGCGAGGAAGAAGAAGAACUGGAGGAUUUAUCAUUGAUCUACGAUGAUCCGCGCACGCCCACGUCGACACCGGCAAAAUCAGUCCAGGAAGCUUCGUCAGUGACUCAGAGGACAACCCCGACCACCAAGCGAAAUGUAUUUCUGGCUACGUCUCCCACAUCGCCUACACCGAAGAGCCGUGGGAGCGCACCAAAGCAUUGUGACCCUGGCUCCAGCCACACCAGUUCUUCAUUACCCCUCUGUUCGGAGCAACGGAUUGGCACCCACCCACUGAGCCGAGACAGUACACCAAAAACAUUGUUUCACUUGGCUGCCGGUACCCCGUGGUCUGAGAAGCUGCUCUCAACACCGCGCGAUUAUAUGCGCGUGCAGACGUCAUUUGAUGCAUUAGUCCGGAGUCCUGUUGAGAAUGAAAUUGAUGACAGGGGCCAUGCUGUUGGGGAGAGUUCGCAUGUGGAUGAUUCUCCAGUGAUUGGACAGCAAAUUGUUAGUGGGCAUGAUCGUGAGGAGAGGUUGACAGAUUCUCCAACUUCACCGCGAGCUUCUCCUCAUACCUCGUUCAACAGGCGUAUCCCGCAAGUGGAUGGAGCGGGUGAUACUCCACCGACGUCUCUACUGCAGAAGAACACUCGAUACUCGGGGACUCAAGAUUCUCAGACCAAUAUCGCAGAUGUUGACUCUUGCCCGCACGACGUUCCACUUUCAAGCUCUCCACUUCCAUUCUCAGCCGCACGCCGCAAACGUCCGAUUCGUUACGUGGAUGAUUCCUCAGACGACCUGCAUGAACCAAAUGAUGUGGCUAAUACCGCUAGACCCCCCUCCUAUCGAUGCCAUCCAUCCCGCCCAGUUCCUCGAUCUGGCUCUUUCGUAUGCAUCGAAAUACCGGUCAAACGUCGCCGCAUUGUGGCUGGGAGCCCCAAGCCGUUGUCAUCUUCUCACGAGCGGUCUCCCAUACAUUCUGUCCAGAAUAGUUCACGGAAACGCGUCGAUGACGAGCUAUGUUUUCCUCCAUCCAGUCCCCGGUCAGUUACUACUGAGCUGUCUGGACCAGAUGAUUUUUUUGCCGAAUUCGUCCACGAGAACCCGGCGGGUGCCACUAGCAUACUUCAGAAUGAAGCAUACUGUGAUGCUCUGGAAAGAUCGCCCGUACGCUUGACUGACUCAGUGAACUGGUCCGACAGCAGCUCGGACAGCGGCGACCAGAUGGAUCACUUCCGUUCCCAGUCUGACCGAGAUGAGUCGGUCCCUUCUUCUACGUACUUUACUUCGUCAAUAUUGGGUAUGUGGUCUCCUCCAGCAGUUGAGGAGAUCCCUUUUGAGUUAUCCUCCUUCAUCUGCGACCCACCCUCUGUCGGCUCCCCUUCUGAACUCCCAAAUCAGAAAACAUUUUUGGAGGAGACAGUGCAUGAGGCAGCACGUGGUGACCCCGAACAACCAUCUUCACAUGCUGAUGCCCCUCAAAGUGUCUCCAAAACAGUUCACUUUGCGGAGUAUGACCAGACGAUACAUGGAUCAGACCAGUACGAUCCUGGGGGACACUCUGGGUCCCCGAUGGAGACUGACAGCGAUAGUGAGGGUUCUAUCGACGAUGGAAUAAGCUCUACCACCGCGGAGCAGAUGGAAACUGAGGAGCAAGAGGUCGCGACCAAAAGACUCAAUUCCGAGAUGCAAUCAUUAGUUUCUGAGACCAAGGCCACACCGAUAUUGGAUGGCAUGCAAACAUCUCCUUCGUCAUCUGGCAGCAUCGUAGAUAAGGAUCGGCAGGAUCCUCCUCCUUGUGAUGAUGAAGUCAACCGGGACACUUGUGAGACAACAUCGUUCGCUGGCGGCAACAGACUUCCUUCAACACUUCUCAUGGAGGCACCACCUUCGCGAACUCAUUUACAAUCGUUUGUCUCGCAGUUGGAACUUGCUCCAAGUAGUACUCCGUCGGAAAGAUUCUCCCUAUCUGCGGAAGAAAGACAUUCAACGGCCUGUUACCGGUUUGCACCUCCUCCCUCCGCGGAUGAGCUCGUUCUCUCUCUUGCCACUUAUGAUAUUCCCAAAGUUCUCUACCGGGAACCACAUUUCAGCAAUCCUCUUGAUGUUCCUCCACGGCCGAAAGUAUUUGCUGGAAGGGAGUUUAAAUUCAAACCGGAAGAUACUGAGCAUUUAUCAGAAUUCGAUACUUCCGGCUGUCAUUCCUCGACAUUACAGAGCUCUACUGGAGUUCCGGGUGAGCUAAUCAAAGGAUUGGCAUUCUGGAAGGAGGAGAUCAACGUAUUUGAGGGUGAUAGGAGCUUCAUUCCAAGUUCUUUGUUCGUGUGGACAUUAGCGUCAUGUCCACCUUCCCGCACCCAUGUGAUGGAGUGGCUAAAGAACAAUCCGUCAAGAAAGGAAACUAACGUCAAGGGAGAUGUCGUUGUUGAAAGUGAACCUAUUGCGGCACAGAAGAGUCUCUCUGUACGGCGAAAGCCAGAAGAUGUAUCACAAAUUGAAGCCCCAACGCCUAAGAACCCUUAUGGGUUCAAAUAUAGUCAGAUCAACGUCAACAAAGUUCAUCAGGAAAAAGAGUAUAUUUGCACAAUGAGUUUGGAGCUGCACGCACGAUCCCGAGAGGACUUUAUGCCUGAUCCGAGGCAUGAUCCAGUUUGUGCGGUUUUCUACUGCUUGCAGAAUGAGGACGAACGUCGAUAUAAGAGCAAUGGACAUAGACCUGGAUCCCAUGUUGGUGUAAUAAUGAUACAAGACGACUUUCACCUCAACAAAACUGGAAUCAGUGGUUACGUGGUAGAUUCAGUUUCAAGCGAGAAAGACUUGUUUGAAAAACUUGUGGACCGAGUGCGAUCAUUCGAUCCCGAUUUGCUUAUAGGGUACGAGAUACACAAUUCGUCCUGGGGUUAUCUCGUUGAGCGCGCUCGAGUCGCACUUGAUAUUGAUUUAUGCACUGAGCUCUCUCGAGUUUUGCCGGAUAACGCAAACACCAAGUUUGGACGAGACGAGGAUUCGUGGGGCUUCCGCAAGCAGUCACACUUGCACUGCACUGGGCGUAUCUUUCUCAAUGUGUGGCGAUUAAUGCGAUCAGAGCUCAACCUGACGUCGUACAGCCUGGAGAGUACGGCGUAUCAUGUUUUGCACAAGAGAGUUCCAAAAUAUGCCCAUCGGACUCUGACGGAAUGGUACGACAAAGGAAUGCUGUAUAAAUGGCGAACUAUCAAAUACUACAUCAGCCGUACGCAGUACAAUGUUGAACUGCUGGAAGAUACACAAAUGAUAAGUCGUACAAGCGAGUUCGCUCGUGUUUUUGGUAUUGAUUUCUACUCGGUCAUUACGCGAGGAUCACAGUUCAAAGUUGAAUCCAUCAUGGCUCGGAUCGUAAAGCCAGAGAAUUUCAUUAUGGUGUCUCCCAGCAGAAAGCAGGUGGCAGCGCAACGCGCGUGUGAAUGCAUCCCGCUCGUCAUGGAGCCACAGUCUCGGUUCUACAACAGUCCGUUGCUGGUACUCGAUUUCCAAUCAUUAUAUCCCUCCGUAAUGAUUGCAUACAAUUAUUGUUAUUCGACUUGCUUGGGGCGGAUUCAGUCCGUUGGGAAGCCGCACAAGUUUGGCGUUUUAGACGACUUUGAAGUACCGGUAGAAUUCGUGGAAAUGUUCAAGGAUCACUUGAACGUAUCUCCGAAUGGUCUCGUAUUUGUCCAGCCUCACAUUCGCGAAGGUACACUAAGGCGAAUGCUAUCAGAAAUCUUGGAUACUCGAGUUAUGGUCAAGCAGUCAAUGAAGAUUCAUAAGGAUGAUAAAGCCGUGCUGCGGACUCUAGAAGCGCGACAAUUGGGCUUGAAGUUCAUCGCAAACGUCACUUAUGGUUACACGGGUGCCAGCUUUUCAGGUCGCAUGCCAUGCGUUGACAUUGCUGAUGCUAUAGUGCAAACUGGCCGAGCUACUUUGGAAAAGGCUAUUGAACGGAUCCACAGCACCGCGAAAUGGGGCGCAAAAGUGGUUUAUGGAGACACUGACUCUCUUUUUGUCUAUCUUCCAAACGUGAGCAAGGACGAUGCUUUCCGCAUCGGUAAAGACAUCGUCGAUACCAUCACAAAAAUGAACCCCGAGCCUGUGAAACUCAAAUUCGAGAAGGUAUACCAUCCAUGUGUUCUCCUAGCGAAGAAGCGGUAUGUGGGAUUCAAAUACGAAAGUCCAGAUGAAAAGGAGCCCGGUUUCGAUGCUAAGGGAAUCGAAACUGUGCGAAGGGACGGCUGCCCCGCGGUAGCGAAGACUAUGGAACAAUGUCUGAAGAUCCUGUUCCGCACUCAAGACCUGUCAAGAGUGAAGGAGCACCUCUAUCGACAAUGGACAAAAAUCUUGUCGGGUCGCGUGUCUAUACAGGAUUUCAUCAUCGCGAAAGAAGUAAAGCUCGGAACGUACAGUGCCCGGGGUCCCCCACCACCUGGCGCACUGAUCAGUACCAAAAAGAUGGCCGUGGAUGGACGAUCUGAACCUCAAUAUGGGGAGAGAGUGCCGUAUGUGGUCGUUCAUGGCGGACCGGGUUAUCGUUUGAUAGAUUCUGUUGUACCUCCAGAAGAGCUCCUAAAUAGCAGGACACUGCAAUUACAUGGGACGUAUUAUAUUACAAGACAGAUAAUCCCGGCUUUGUCGAGAGUCUUCGCUCUUGUAGGGGCAGACGUCGAAAGCUGGUUCAACGAGAUGCCUAAGGUACAACGAGCAAUUCAGUUUACCGCAUCGCAAAUGCGGCCCGAAUUGCAACAACAGUUGAGAAAUGGUCCUGGGCAAACCAUUGAUCAAUAUUAUGUGGCUAAGCAUUGUCUCGUGUGUCAUGAGUUGACACAUAACGAGAUCUGUGGCUCAUGCGCAAGGGAUCCUCAGACGUCUGCAUCCAAGCUCGCGCGUCGCAUAAGCGAAUCGGAAAAACGAUAUAUCCAAUUGCAGCGUGUCUGUCGUUCUUGCUCUGGACACAGUACCGCCCUAGAUUUGGAUUCGGCGUGCAUAUCAUUGGAUUGUCCAGUGUACUAUGCUCGUGUGAAGGCUAAACAUGGGGUCAAACUGAACGCAAAGAUACUUAAUGGUAUGGAGAAAUUAGGUAUCAUGAUGGAGGAGCAAUAAACAUGGUACAUGAAUAUAUACAAUUGCAAUUGCACAGA